AUAACUUCAAGUCAAUAUUAUCAUUAAUCAAGCUUAACAAAUGCUUCACGUUCACUCGACUAAUAAUCUCUUCGUACUUGGGUCUCGAAUUUCAAAACAAGCCUUCGAAUGCAAUCUUAACUCGUUUUAUUCUUCACGAAAAUAUCACUCUUUGUUCAAGAAACGACUUCGGCCUCCAUCGACAGUCUUAACCACUUCAAGUCCUCACUUUGGCCAUUCUUUGUUCACCGGUACAUCUAGUUCUCGUUUUCAAACAAUCGAGCCUCCUUCCUCCUUGGCCAUCAAACUCAAGUUUCAUCAGGCUACUUCUAUCGUUCACAGCCCAGCAUUUGCAUCAGGAUUCCAUUCUAGCGCGAGUGUUGGUACACGGUCUUCAGAAGUCGUAACAGCAGCUAACCCUCCAGAUCCCGCGCCAUCUUCCUCUCCAGAAACUACAAAAACAACCAAACGUGAAAAUAUCUACACAUUUCCAAACCUGAUCACUUGUACACGAAUCUUCCUUUGUCCUCUUCUGGCCUAUUCUAUCAUUCAUGACUACCACCUACUCAGUAGUAUCACUCUGCUCUAUUGUGGGGUCUCGGAUUGGCUAGAUGGUCUACUUGCGCGAAAAUAUCCAAAACAAAUGGCUAGCGUCUUGGGUACCAUCCUUGAUCCUGCAGCUGAUAAGAUUUUGAUGACCACCCUGGUCUUCAGUCUAGCUUGGAAACAAUCAUUACCUCUUCCUCUUGCUGUUCUCAUCAUAGGCAGAGACGCAUUGUUGGGUGUAUCCGCUUUUUACUUCAGAUACCAAUCCUUACCUGCACCUAAAACUUUCAAGAGGUUUUGGGAUUUCUCCUUACCGUCAGCUGAGGUCAAGCCAACCCAACUUAGCAAAUAUAACACCUUUCUUCAGUUAUCACUGGUCGGAUUAACCACUAUUGAUCCGAUGAUUCCACUCGAUCUCUCAACACCUCUUACAAUGUUGCAAUGGACUGUCGCUUUUACUACACUUACAUCUGGGAUUUCUUACGUGUUUUCGAAGGAUGCGAUCCGGUAUAUCAAAUGAUCAGGUACUCCAGAUUGUCAUAGUGACCAAGCUCAUCUUCCGAAUGGAAAUGUGUAUGAGGUUGUAUAGAUUUUUCUUGUAUCUUUUGUAACAGGACGAGACGUGCUCCCCAGAUUCCGCUCUAGUCUUUGAGUGAUCAAAUGAUCAAGAUAGGCUUGAGGACGGAGAGCGCAGGGUCCAUAUUGAUGCUAAUAUUGAUCAGACAAUAGCGAAACGUGUUGAAGAUUGGACUUCUAAGAUUUCUUCAUCACGAUGCAUGAGGAUAAUAUUCUUAGUCUUGAUAUGUAGGAUAAAUUUUCCAUGUUGUUUAUCUCGCCCGGUGCAAAUAGUCAAAAUAUACUUUGGCAAGCUU